GCACGGCACCAUGGAGAUCUGGAGCAGCCCCGCCGCUUACGACGAGCUGAACGGGAACGCGGAGCGCGGAGGCGGCGCGGACCCCAUCGCCCGAGAGCUGGAGGAAGUCCUGUGCACUGAGCGUACUGUGCGGAUCACCAAGACGUACCACGACAUUGAUGCUGUCACCAACCUGCUGGAUGAGAAAGAGAGAGACCUGGAGCUGGCGGCGCGCAUUGGACAGUCCCUGCUGAAGCAGAACCGCAGCCUGACAGAGCGCAAUGAGCUGCUGGAGGAGCAGCUGGAGCUGGCCAAGGAGGAGAUCGCACAGCUGCGCCAUGAGGUCUCCAUGAGGGACGAUCUGCUUCAUUUCUACACCACCAACACGGAGGAGAGUGAGCCCACCUCAGCCCCCAUCACACCGCUGCGCCGGAAUGAGUCCUCGCUGUCCCUGCAGCAGUGCUUCCAGUACGACGCCCUGCAGCAGAAGCUCCGGAGCCUGGAGGAGGAGAACCAGAAGCUUCGCCUAGAGGCCACCACCAUUGUGACAGAGACCAGCCGGUACGAGGACCAGGAGCAGCAGCUGAUGAUUGACUGUGUGGAGCAGUUCUCUGCAGCCAGCCAGCAGGUCGCCUGCCUGUCAGAAGAGCUGGCCCGCAAGGCUGAGGACACAGCAAGGCAGCAGGAGGAGAUCAGUCAGCUCCUGGCGCAGGUGGUGGAGCUGCAGCAGAAGUGCAGAACGUACGGCACGGAGGUGGAGGAGCUCCAGCAGCACCUGGCCGCGGCCAAGGAGGUGCAGCAGCAGCUCCGGACGGAGCUGCGGGACCUGCAGGACAAAUACGUGGAGUGCGGCGGGAUGCUGCAGGAGGCCCAGGAGGAGGUGAAGAGCCUUCGCAGCCGCAGUCUGCCCAACAGCACCGUCAGCCGCUACGGUGCCGGCAGCAGCCUCCUGCCCCUGGAAUCGUUGGCUGCUGAGAUCAAGGGGACGAUGAGGAAGGGGACGGAGUCCUCCUCAGACUACAGGAGCUGCCUGCGUGUUUUCGAGACGGUGAAGGCAGUGAACCACGCGGCCAAAGCCCGGUCGAGCUCCGCGUCCCCCCAGCACACACCCGGCUCCAAGCAGACGUCGGCCGCUCCCUCCGGGGGGGGCAGCACUCCUCACCCCAGUCCAGAGGGUGCCCAGACUGCGGGCCCACGGGCAGCCCCCGGCCGCCAGGAUCUGGAGGCGGCGGUGCAGCGGCUGUCGGUGCAGCAGCGGUGCCACUCCUCGGAGGAGCGCUCCUUCUUCGAGGCGGAGCGGGAGCACAAGCUGUGGCGCCUGCGGGAUGAGGACGGCUCCAGCGGGAUCCCGACGCCCGACGGCAGCGUUGUGUCUGCCGGCACCACCUGCUCGGGGGGCUCUGAGCACACCGCUGCCUCCGGCUUCUCGCUGGGCUCGCUCAGCUUUCUGCCUGACAAGCUGCAGAUCGUGAAGCCGCUGGAAGGCUCAGUGACGCUCCACCACUGGCAGCAGCUGGCACAGCCCAACCUGGGGGGGAUCCUGGUGCCGCGUCCCGGGGUGCUCACUAAGGACUUCAGGCCACUGGACAUCGACCUGGAGGAGGUGUACAGCCUCACCGACCUGGAGGAGGAUGAGGUGGAGGCUGCCUCCUUCCAGCUGCUGCCCACCUCCACGCCUGCCAAAGCCAUGGAGCGCCCCGGGGGUGAGCGGGGGGCACAGAAAUGGGCGGGACGUGGCCCUCAGUCCCUCUCUGCCCUCCUCUGCUCUUUGCCCCGUGCUCCUCCCUGUGCUCUUCCCUCUCCCAUUCCUUCCGCCUGUCCCUUCCCCCAGAGCUGCCCUAGUGCCAUGAAGGCAUGUGGCCAAGGAGGCUCCAGGAGCACUUUGGGCUCUCUGUUGCUCCUCUCUGCUAACAACCUCCCCCAGACCCCGUCCACCUUCACCAUCACCACCUGCCACAUCCUCCACCCCACCACUGAGCUCACCACGGUGAUGCCCAGUCUGCAUCACUCCGUCGUGCCUUCUUGUGGGCCCUUUGAAGGGCUGAACCGCAGCUCCCAGUCUUUGCGGCCGUCCUGCCCGGCGCCGGCACACCGCCCCGCAUCCCCUCUGGGUCUCGUCCGCCUCCUGCUGCUGCGCGGCAUCAAUGCUGUGCUACUCCCGGCCCCGACCAGGAGAGCCCCCCCGUCCCCCCAGCCCUGCGCUGCGGCGGAGGGGCAGCGGGGACCCUCAUCGCGGAGCAGCAUCUUCAGCGGGAACCUCGUGCAGAAGCUGCGGCGCCUGGGGCUGCACCGGGUGGUGGCCCGUGGGGAGCGGUCCUACGCGCACGGGGAGCGCCGGGAGCAGCGCGAUGCGCCCACGUGAGGGCACGGCACAGCAACGGCACGCGGGACGGAACGAAUCCUCCGCUCUCUUCAUCUCCAGCCGCGGGCAAACAGCCCUGGGCUCCCUCAGCUGCUGCGCGGCGGCGUCACCCGCCCUGGGACAGCGCAGAGCCCGGCAGCCGUUUAUGGGGCUUUAUC